AUGCUGCAGCGCCACCCUUUCCCCGCCUCCAACCCCACGCAGUGUCCCUCGUUCCGCCCUUCCGCCGCAUCCUCACGCAUCCGUCGCCUUUCCCCCGCACGGCGGCGCGGAGCGGGAGCGGCGGUAGCGGAGGCAGCGGCGGGCGACGGGGCGGGCGAUGUGCAGACAUUCAUCCUCACGGCGGGCGCGCUCGCUGCCGCCGCUGUCUCCCUGCGCCUUGCGCUCAAGGUGCCGCUCUCCGCGCACCCACUCCGCGCCCCCACUCCGCACAGCACACCCACUCCGCCACCCCUUCUCUCCCCGCUGCUCGUCCUCCGGACGCCCCCCCCCCCUUCCAAUGGCCUCCCCUCCUCACGCCUACGUUUCUUCUCUGGCUUCCGUGCUCACAUGCUCGCUGCUCACAUGCUCGCUGCACACAUGCUCGCUGCACACAUGCUCGCUGCACACAUGCUGGCCACGCCUCACAUGCUCGCCACGCCGCACACGCUCGCCCGGGGUCACUCACUAUGCGCCUCCUAUCUGCCUGCUCCUCUCUCCUGUGCCCCGCAUUCUCUCCUGCGCCCCGCCUGCUGUCCUGUGCCCGUGCCCCGCCUUUCCGCAUGCAAUGCUGCCAGGGCGACCCGGUGCCGUGUGCCAAGUGCGGGGGAAAUGGUUGCUCCCUGCACUUUCCCUUAUGUUUCCAUCCAUCCGCUUUCCACCUUGUCACUGUGUCCCUCCUCUGUGGCGGGGCUGGCAGGAGGCACGGCGUGUGUGUUCUGCGAGGGGGGCAAGAUGGCCGGCAAGGAUGGGCGCCUCAUGGACUGCCGCGUGUGCAAGGGGGCAGGACUGGUCUUUUGCAAAGAAUGUAAGGGCACUGGCUAUGUGAAGAGAUUGUAA